AUGUCAAAUGACAAAAGAUACUGGAAAUUCCAGAAUGGAGAAAUGAUUGAGCAAGAGAGAACCAGGACACAGCUGAAGGAAAGCAUCUUGGAAACUCUUAAGAUCACAAGAAAAGAAAGAAAAGGCAAUCAGGAUCUUAUGAAGGAGUUGGAGGAUAUGACAAUUGAGCAUGGUCUAGGAGGUUCACCAUAUAGACUGGAAGCUAGAGAACCUGCACAAGAGUACAGUAAUGGCCCCCUGUACCUAGAUAAGGGAAAACAAGACCUCCUACAACAAGCACAGGAGGAAGAAGAGAAACAAAUUCCAGUUGAGGUAGAAGAUAUGGAGGAGGACAGAGAAACAGCUUUUCGAGCAAAGGAUCAAGAAAAUAGAAUGAAUAAGAAAGCUGCAGGGGAGGAAGUGAUACAGGAAGAGCUCCAAAGGAAUGUGAAGGUGCAGGAAGCUAUUGAGAAGCAGACCAAAAGAACAUUCAGAAAGUUGAAGUCUCCAACUAAAACCAGAAGAUGCCAGCACAUAGAUACUUAUGCUUCUGACCAUAGUAUGCUUCUGCUAGACAUAGUUCUAGAUAAAGAAAAAAGGAAAAAAAGGUUUUAUUUUGAUAAAAGAUGGCUUCAAAGGGAAGGGGUUCAACAGGUGGUUGAGAGAGCCUGGCAGAAGGAGGAACAAGGAUCCAGAAUGUUCAAAAUCACAAAGAAGAUAAAAAAUUGCAGAAUUAAACUUUUGAAAUGGAGAAAUACCUUCCAGGUAAACUCUAAAAGUAGAAUUUUUUAUUUGAAGAAGGAAUUGGAGAGUGUAAGAGACUCAGAUGCAGAAAACAAAAAAGGUAGAAUUGCAGAACUCAAAGAUCAGUUGAAAGAGGCCUACAAAGAGAAAGAAAAUUUCUGGAGUCAGAAAGCCAGGAUUAGCUGGCUUAGAGAUGGAGAUAAGAAUACUAAAUACUUCCACGCCUAUGUCAAGAGGAGAAGAACGAACAACAGGAUUAGGAAACUGCAAAGGGAGAAUGGUUCUUGGACAGAAAAUGAGGAUGAAUUAGUGUAUGAAAUCUCAGAUUCUUUAGGGACCUGUUUAACAGUGGAGGAAGUAGUGAUAUGUUAG